UACAUUUGGUGGUGUAUGUAUGUCAGUGCUACUCUCUCACCAAAUUUUAAUGUAAAGAAUUCUUAUUGAAAGUAAAACUCUCUAAUCUAUUGCUUUAUGUUGUUAAUGGAAGACAGUUUUCAACCUUAGUCUGAGUCAAAGUAGUUGACUUAGUUUGGCUAUACUACCUGUUUCUUAAACCAAAGCAGUUGUAUUACUUUCACCUUUAUAAAAAAUCAUUGCUUUUAAAAAAAUUACAGAAGUUGUCUUUGCUCACUGAAAAAAAAUCUAAAAAAUCAAAACUAUAUAAAGACUGAAUUUGUGAAAGUUUUAAACUCACUAGAAAAUUCAAACAGUACACAAUACUACAUGAAAUACAGAGUGAAUAUUCACCUUUCCCCACUUGCCCUUUCCCAUAUCUCCUCUCUAGGGGUAACCCAGAUCUUUUGCUAUGCAUUCUUACAAAAGUUGGUUCAUACUUUAGUUUUCUGCAACUAUUUUUAUUUAAUAAUAGAUCACUAACAGCAGCCCAUAUCAGUGAAGACUGGUCUAUCUCAUUCUUUGUAUAUUUGCAUCCCACUCCAUUGUAUAAACUUUUGAUUUAAUUGAUUAUACUAUGGAGUAUUUUGUCAUCAAGUUGUCUGUAUUGCUAUUAAAUAUGGAAUAAAUAUCGUUGUCCAUAUGUCUUUUUACUCAGGUAGACAUUACUGUUGGACAAUCCCAGAAGUAGAAUCGAUGGUUCAAAGGUCCCACCUCUUUUAAAAAUAAAGAGGAUAGAAGGAAAGAACCAAGUAAUAUGUGAAGAUAAAAAGUAGGAAAGGAUCGAAUGUGAAAGAAAAGAAGGGAUGGAAAUGCCCUGAUCAUGGUAAGGUUGCUAAAUUCACUUCCUUGGAGUGUAGACUGACUGACAACAGAUGGAAGUUGGAUCAGAGCUGGGGGCUCCCACCACAUCUACUGGACUUCAAGGCUUCUGCCAUUUCCAUUACUCCAGAACACCUAGUUGGAAGCUCAUGGCCCUCCUCUAUCUUGUGGUGACCAUAAUGGGAUUGAAUUUGAUACUGGGAACAGCAAUUUAUGAAGGAUUUUGAUGAAUUGGAGUGUAUACUAAGGUGGAGGUCCAGCAUGGUGUAGGAUCUGGAAACCUCAUCACAUGAGAAGUAGUGGGAAGACCUGCAUGUGUUUGGCCUGGAGGAGAGAUAACUUAUGACGGAGCAGUCAGCUUCCCUGUCUCACAGAAUGAAGGCUCCAGAUGAACCCAGAGGAAGAAAGAAGUGGAAUGAGGUGGGCAGGCCCGUACUUGACAGAUGUCCAGCGCAAGACAUUUAAAAACCACGUUCCCUAGGUCACACACAAGUACAGUUCUCAGGCUGAGGAGGAGCCGCGCAGCCCAGAUGAGAGUGACACGCACCAACUCCAACUCCUCGCCGGGGAACGCUUCAUCCCAGUUCCGCGGAGUGCUCGGUCCGAACUGCGCUCGGCGCCUCCCCAGCGGGUCUCGAACCAGCCGCCCUGAGCUCCCGCUUCCCCUCGCUGCGGCAGCCUGGGUCCCGAGGGCGGCGGGCCGGGCGCGGCGUGACCCCUAGUGAACGGCGCCCGCCGGUUCUCACCCCUCCCCUCCCCUCCCAUCCUCCCUUCCCGUUUCACCCCUCCCCUCCCCCUCCCCAAGCCUGACAGCCCGGGAGCUGCCAAGCAGGGCGCAGCCAUGGGAAGAGGAGGCGGUCUAGGGAGCGGCGGCGGCGGCGGCGGCAGCAGCGGCGGCUGCUGCAGCGGCGGCGGCGGCGGCUGCUGCUGCUGAGCCGAGGCAGCGGCGAGGACCCCGGGCUGGGGCCGCGCAGGCCGGAGGGCCCCGCGCCCUCGGCCCCAGCGCGGCCGCGAACCGCUCUCUCUCUCCGGAGGCGAGGCUCGGAGGUCCUACAGGUAUGGAUCUCUGGCAGCUCCUGUUGACCUUGGCAGUGGCAGGCUCAAGUGAUGCUUUUUCUGGGAGUCCAGCCACACCAGCUAUCCUUGUCAGAGCGUCUCAGAGUCUGCAGAGAGUUCAUCCAGGCCUAGAGACAAAUUCUUCCGGGAAGCCUAAAUUCACCAAGUGCCGUUCACCUGAACUAGAGACUUUUUCAUGCCACUGGACAGAUGGGGUUCAUCACGGUUUACAGAGCCCAGGAUCCAUACAGCUGUUCUAUAUCAGAAGGAGCACUCAAGAAUGGACUCAAGAAUGGAAAGAAUGCCCCGAUUAUGUCUCUGCUGGAGAAAACAGCUGUUACUUUAAUUCAUCUUAUACCUCCAUUUGGAUCCCCUACUGUAUCAAGCUAACUAGCAAUGGUGAUACUGUGGAUCAAAAGUGUUUCUCUGUUGAGGAAAUAGUGCAACCAGAUCCACCCAUUGGCCUCAACUGGACUUUACUGAACAUCAGUUUAACAGGGAUUCAUGCAGAUAUCCAAGUGAGAUGGGAACCACCACCAAAUGCAGAUGUUCAGAAGGGGUGGAUAGUCCUGGAAUAUGAACUGCAAUACAAAGAAGUAAAUGAGACCCAGUGGAAAAUGAUGGACCCUGUAUUGUCAACAUCAGUUCCAGUGUACUCAUUGAGACUGGAUAAAGAGUAUGAAGUGCGUGUGAGAUCCAGACAACGAAACUCUGAAAAAUAUGGCGAGUUCAGUGAGGUGCUCUUUGUAACACUUCCUCAGAUGAGACCGUUUGCAUGUGAAGAAGAUUUCCGGUUUCCAUGGUUCUUAUUUAUUAUCUUUGGAACAUUUGGACUAAUGGUGACAUUAUUUUUAUGCAUAUUUUCUAAACAACAAAGGAUUAAGAUGUUGAUUCUACCCCCAGUUCCAGUUCCAAAGAUUAAAGGAAUUGAUCCAGAUCUCCUCAAGGAAGGAAAAUUAGAAGAGGUGAACACAAUCUUAGCCAUUCAUGACAACUAUAAACACGAAUUCUACAAUGAUGACUCUUGGGUUGAAUUUAUUGAGCUAGAUAUUGAUGACCCUGAUGAAAAGACUGAAGGAUCAGACACAGACAGACUUCUAAGCAAUGACCAUGAAAAAUCACUUAAUAUCCUUGGGGCAAAGGAUGACGACUCUGGACGUACCAGCUGUUAUGAACCUGACAUUCUGGAGACUGAUUUCAAUGCCAAUGACAUGUGUGAUGGUACCUCAGAGGUUGCUCAGCCACAAAGGUUGAAAGGGGAAGCAGAUCGCUUGUGCCUUGACCAGAAGAAUCUAAAUAACUCACCUUCGAAUGAUGCUACCCCUGCUAGCCAGCAGCCCAGUGUUAUCCUAGGAGAGGAAAACAAACCAAGAUCACUUCUUAUUGGCAAAACUGAGUCAACUCAUCAAGCUGGCCAUACACAGCAACAGCUCAGCAAUCCAAGUUCAUUGGCAAACAUCGACUUUUAUGCCCAGGUAAGUGACAUUACACCAGCAGGGAGUGUGGUCCUUUCCCCGGGCCAAAAGAAUAAGGCUGGGAUCUCCCAGUGUGACAUGCAUCCAGAAGUCGUCUCACCCUGCCAAGCAAACUUCAUCAUGGACAACGCCUACUUCUGUGAGGCAGAUGCUAAAAAGUGCAUCACCCUGGCCCCUCAUGUCGAGGUUGAAUCACAUGUAGAGCCAAGCUUUAACCAGGAAGACAUUUACAUCACCACGGAAAGCCUUACCACUACUGCUGGGAGGUCUGGGACAGCAGAACGUGUUCCAAGUUCUGAGUUGCCUGUCCCAGACUAUACCUCCAUUCAUAUAGUACAAUCUCCACAGGGCCUCGUACUCAAUGCAACUGCCCUGCCCUUGCCUGACAAAGAGUUUCUCUCAUCAUGUGGCUACGUGAGCACAGACCAACUGAACAAAAUCAUGCCGUAGCUUUUCUUCGAUUUCCCAUGAGCUACAUAUUUAAUGAGUUACCUAUUUACUCUAGCAAAGAGUUGGCUAGGGAAUGAAUGCUUAAACCAAAACAAUGUUUAAACAUUUUUUGGAGGGGGGUGGGAGUUGAGGGUGGGGGAUACGGAUUCUAAAUGGCUUUUCCUGAAGUGUUGAAACAUGAUAUUAAAGAAAAAGAAGAAGAACCCUUCAUCAGAUAGAUAUUCUUGUUGUGAAUUGUAAAUAUUUUAAAGAAUUGUCUCAAAGACUGUUUAGUGGCAGUGAUUGUCUUGUUAUUGUGGGUGUUAAUUUUGUGCUACUAAGCAUUGAAUGGCUAUGUUUUUUAAUCUAUAGUUAAUCAUGCUUUUUGAAAAAGCGAAAAAUCAGGUGGCUUUUGCAGUUCAGGACGAUUGAAUGCAAAUCAUAGCACAGGCUAAGUUUUUUUUAAUAAUUGGGAACUAAAAUUUUAGGUAAGAAGACAAGAAAUAGUUUGGAUAUGUAAAACAUUUAUUUUGACAUAAAAUGGAUAAAGGUAUUUUUAAUAAUUUACACUUUAAGCAUGGCUAUUUUCUAUUACACUAUACACGGUGUACUGUAGCUCAUGCCGACCCAUCUAAAGAAUGUAGUAACUGCAGUCUAAAGCUGGUUUAAUGCUUUGGUCAACGCACCUGAAGAAAAACUAGUUUUUUACAAGGCCCUUUUUAUACCUCCUAAAACUCUUUAAAUGAUUCUAAAAUGAUUGUAGUUAGCUGCAUUAUUGGAAUGUGUUCAUCUUAUCUGAAUUUGUAAACAGAUAUUUGUUAAUUUAGAAAACUUUAAAAUGUUUGCACAGAUCAACUUAUCAUGAACCAAAAAAACCCAAAAAAACAAAAAAAAACCCACAACACAAAUGAACAAAAAGGCUUUUCUUACCCAAGUUUUGGUUCAUGUCAGAGCACUGCAUACUAAGAGAAUAGAAAUCAUAGCUGGUUCCUAUUGACCCAGAAUGCUUAAUCACUGCAGUGCACGGGGAAGGAGUUUCUUAGUGCACUCAGAUCAUGAGAGUCAAGUCUUAGAACCUUGGCCACAGUGUCUCUUAGUUCAUAUUUACCUAAGGAAGGAAUAGGUACAAGAAGCAUUUUGUAAGUUGAAGCUGGUCGAAGUGAAGUUAACCAGAUCAUGGAAUAAAAGUUCAAGAAAAAGCUUUUUCUUUCACAGCCUAUAGCCAGACACAUACUCAUUAUUCAUGGUAGCAAAAAAAGAGAAAAAACAAGAUUUUAAAUCCCCAAGAUAACUAAAAAAUUUAUUUAAACCCAUAGCAGAAACUUUCUUCCUUACCAAAUCUUUUAUAGGAUUUACUUAAAUAAAAGAAGUUUCAUCAUUUUUUACUUCUCCUCUGAGUGGAUUGGCCUUAAAGCGGGUAGUCAGAAGAAAAAGAAGCAGCCUGAGUAAAUUAUAAGUUAUUGUUCAAUAUCUUAAUAACCUAAACAUCAUUCAUAGGAGCACUGGGAUUGCUCCUCAAAAGGUUUGUCAAAAAAAGAAGACUCAUCUGACUCAAGAAUGCUUCUCACUUAAGUAUUUUUUAAAGGUUAAUAAAACUUUAAAGUUAGCUUUAACUUAAAUAGUAUUUGCCAUACCUUUUUAGGAAACAAGCUUAACGGUUGGCGAUUUUAAAUUCCCUCUUUCUUGCAGGAAGGACAGUGAAAAGCUAGAAUUGGGUGUUUAAAGUUCAACAUGUUACUUUGUAAUAGAUGUUUAAUAGAUUUUCUGCUACCUUGCUGCUACGGUUUUCUCUAAGAGCUACAUAAUUUAGUUUCAUAGACAGUUUCAUCAAUGUAGAACCUAAUUCAACUUAAAACUGUGUGUUUGGGAAAACUAUCUUACUAUUUUACAAUAGGCUGACAACAUUUCUAUAGCCAAAAAUAGCUAAAUACCUCAAUCGGUCUCCGAAUGUCAUUUUGGUACUUUGCUGGCCACACAAGCCAUUAUUCACUAGUAUGACUAGUUGUGUCCUGCAGUUUAUAUUUAACUUUCUUUAUGUCUGUGGAUUUUUUUCCUUCAAAGUUUAAUAAAUUUAUUUUCUUGGA